CGGAUAGUAUUGCAUAGAGGACAUAAUUGCAUGCGACACCGACCGUAAGGCUCGGGGGACCCCGGAAUACCCCAACAAAAUAGAAUUCAGAAACGAAAACUGAAGUCAAUAUGUCAAUGCAUUUUUUGUUUGUUUUUGUUUUUAAUGAGCGGGGGACUUCUAAAUAUUGUUUGUGUAUUUUUGAAUAAUAUUCAAAAUAUAUUAAACUAUGUACAAUUUAGCGUUGGUUGAAUAGGACUUUUAUUUAAAUGUACUGGGGUUCACCCUCGUGACACCCAUCGGCUCUGUGUCCAAUAAUGAGUAGAGGACGCCCUCAGUUAUUUUCAAUAUCGCAGUGCAUAUGAUCACGUGACACACAGGCACAUUGCACCGCCGCCAUUUUUAAAGAACAAAAUGAAUGGACCAUUCGUGUACGUCUCUCACAUUCCUGUCCAGCACAUUCAAGGUUUUACCAUUUACUGAGUUUCAAGGACACAUCUACACCACAACAAGUUCAUGGAUCCAAGUAGAUGUCUGAGACCAGGAGUUGAGGAGCUUCCUAAUAUUGUACAAUGAGUUUUGUAAAUGAACUGCUCUCUCCUUGAUAAAACUACAGGCAGAUGCCAAUGUCGGAUGAAGUCUACCCCUCCAAAAGUAGAUGCAUGAUGUCCAUGCUGCCCAGUGUCAAAGUACAACGAUGUCUUCCCAAACAAAAGCAAGGGUUGUCAGCUCCACAGAGAUCUACACAUCAACCAAGAAGAUGUCUGAGACCUGCAGUUGAUGAGCUUCCUAACCAUUUACAAAGAGUCUGAUAAAUGAACUGCUCUCUCCCUGAUAAAAGCUACAGACGGAUGUCAUUGUCAGAUGAAGUCUACCUCUUCAAUAGUAGAUGCAUGAUGCACAUGCUACCCAGUGUCAAAGUACAGCAAGGUAUUCCCCAUCAACAGCUGGGGCAGUCAUCAGACAGCGAGGGUUGUCAGCUCCACAGAGAUUUACUCAUCAACCAAGUAGAUGUCAGAGACCUGCAGUUGAUGAGCUUCCUAACCGUUAACAUUGAAUCAGAUGGUGUCUACCUGUCACACAUUUCCGAGACCUGCAGCUGCGUGUAGUCAGCCCACUGUCUACAAAUCACCUGUUUAUGUGUGUGAGGGUUACGCAAGAGGAAGGUAAAAUACCUGUGGUUGUUUUACACUAACAUCAAAGGGUGGUCUGUUUUUGCAGCACUCAUGCCAACAGAAUAUCUCGUCACAUACCACAACAUUUUUGGGGAUGAAAUGCUGGCACCAGCCUAACCCGAAAUGAGAGGUCUGUCCCUACAGAUUGAUUACAGAUUUAAAAGAUAGGAAACAUGUUUUUGAUUAACAAAACCCCUGUAACUGUACAAAAUUACAAUUUUAAAUAAUUAAAAAGGUUUUUAGUACAAACCAUUGAUAUUUCUUCUCAAGUUAAACGAUAAACUAGGAAUGAAAUUAUUUCGCAUCGUAUGAUGAUAAGUAAAAGAUCUGGAAUGUGCUGUACACCAUGCCUGACCUAAAACAAAUUUACAAAAUUUAGUUCAGGCAAAUCAGAUCCAAUUUAUUUAAGGUACACUUUGGCAAAAUUGAUCUGAAAAUUUAAAUGAUGUAUAAAUGGAGUAAUCAUUAAUGGAUCACCAUAUUUUGAUGACAACAGCCAAAUUAAACGCCCCUAGUUAUGGUUAGUUCAUUUAAAAAUAAAUUAUAAUAACAAAUAUAAUAAUGUGCCAUGUCUGUCUAAAAGACACUCCUGGCGCAGGAGAGAUGCAGAAGCAAGAUUGCAAUGAGCUACAUUGUUAAGCAUAAAUAGAAGUUUUUGACUUCCUUUUCUGUGUCCCGUUACAUCUUAGGACACCUCAAUGUUUUCAUCUCACAGCAUAAAAAAGCUGAUAUCCUAAAACUUAGAGAGUGUAGCAAAUAACUCUCAUUACAAUCUUGAAAGCUUCAGAGUUUGAGAGAAAAAGUAAUUUUUAUUAUUUAAACCUCACGGUCUUCAAGGCAUUAUAUAUGAAGGAAUCCUAAAUGAGCAACCAGCUUGUUAAUUUCAUUUGUAAGUAGAUUUGUUAAUUAUUUAAUGUCGGAGGCAGAUGUUAUCUAACAUUCAAGUAAAUGUUCUUGUAAAAGUAAGUGUACAAUUUGCAAGCAAGCACACAAUUUGUGUGUUUUGAACUCACAAAGUUGGAGAAAAAUGUACUGUUUCUCGGGGUGGAAUACUUCCCGAAAGAGUGGCUUUAAGAUUUCAGAAAGAUAGUGGGUCUGGUAUAGACUUUUGUUACCAGGAGGAAAAAACCUUAUCUUAAAAUUAGAUUUCUUGCAAGGUACACUUAUUUACUCCACAACUUAAAGCUUCACAAAAUUUUAAAGUAAACUCAUACAUGUAGGUCAAUAAUUAUAAGUAGCCAUAAUCUUUGCUCUUAAUGUUGUUGACUUAAAGACAUUGGACACUCGUGGUAAUUACUCAACAUAAUUGUUAGAAUAAAAACUUACUUGGUUACGAGCAUG